AAUAAUAAUAAUAAUAAUAAUAAUAAUAAUAAUAAUAAUAAUAAUAAUAAUAAUAAUAAUAAUAAUAAUAGUAAUAAUAGUAAUAAUAGUAAUAAUAAUAAUAAUAAUAGUAAUAAUAAUAAUAAUAAUAAUAAUAAUAAUAAUAAUAAUAAUAAUAAUAAUAAUAAUAAUAAUAAUAAUAAUAAUAAUAACAAUAAUAACAAUAAUAAUAAUAAUAAUAAUAAUAAUAAUAAUAAUAACAAUAAUAAUAAUAAUAAUAAUAAUAAUAAUAAUAAUAAUAAUAAUAAUAAUAAUAAUAAUAAUAAUAAUAAUAAUAAUAGUAAUAGUAAUCAAAGUAAUAAUAAUAAUAAUAAUAAUAAUAAUAAUAAUAAUAAUAAUAAUAAUAAUAAUAAUAAUAAUAAUAAUAAUAAUAAUAAUAAUAAUAAUAAUAAUAAUAAUAAUAAAAAUAAUAAUAAUAAUAAUAAUAAU